AUGGCCCACGAAAACACCCCCUUCUCCCGUGGCAGGGAAGCAAACUUGCUCAAGUGGCGUCUCCAGCCAGCAAGAAGAAAUUUCCUCAUCGCCCUUGUCGGCGCCGCUUUAAUCGUCGCUGGCUGGAUUCACUCCUAUGGGUUUCGCGCCCCAUCCCGCAUUAUUAGCAUCGGGUUGUCGAUCCUCGCGCUGGGCUGGGGAUUCUAUCCCGCCCUGCGCAGUGUAGCCAGCGAUUUUGUUUCGGAGGCUCAGUUUAGACCUGCUGAAUACCGUGCGACGCUUGAUCGUUCGGACGUUGUCUCGGAAUGA